UUCUCGUGCCUGUGUGAGAGCUUCGGUCGGUCGCGUAGUUUUGCGCAAAAUAAUGUUACGACUUUGGACCAGAAGCUCAACACGGAGUUUGGCGACCGUUUUUAACACGCGUAUGUCUGAUUUGUAUCAGUCCAGAGAAUGUAGCGACCAUUCUAAGAUCGCGGGCAAAUUCAUUUCUUAGUUUCAUACAGACUUCGCCAAGUAGGAACAAGCUAACUGGCUAAUUCAUUGCGCAUAACCGUGAGAGUGUAGCCACGGAGGUUAGCCGCGCUCGUUCAUGUCUUUCGAGUUGCUGGUUGUAAUAUAGUUGUUUGAGCCAAACAUAAUGUUAUGGGUCAAAGGGAUAUCACAUCGUUCGAGACGUCCAUGAAAAGAAAAGACGGGAUUCCCUCUAUCUCUAUGUGUCGAUUGGAUGUGAAGAAGGAAGUUGAGGCUGGCGGAGGAGACGAUGCCUUUUCCUCGCCAAGGUACGUGUUGGGCCGAGGGGUGAAACGAAAGCUAAGUGCGUGUGAGGACACUGCCCAGGACUUGCCAUAUCCUCAACAGAGGCAGCUGGUGCUGGACUUGUGUCUGGACAAGCUACAAAGCUGCCAGUGCCGGGCUGAACCCAGCCUGCACCGUUCGGUCCUGCUGGCCAACACCCUCCGCCAGAUUCAGGAAGAGAUGAGACAGGAAGGGGAAACCUGUUUGCCACCAGUCCCACCCGCCCCUUCGCUUCAUGCCUCCACCCCACGCCACUUUCCCAACCUUCCGCCCGUACCCUUAGACUGUCCUCAAUCUCUAACUGGAGCACUGUCCCCUUUAUUUACCUUCAAAACAGAGGAUGAGGAGGUCCAGUUGGAUGGUAAUGGUAAUUAUUCCCUUUUUCCAUCCCUCGCAGGUGAGGAGAACACAAGGUCGACAGAUUCGCUUUUUGGCUCGUUUGAGAUGACAAAUUCAACCAGCUACUUGACCGACUUGCCACUAGACGACAUCUUUGAAGACAUCGAUACAUCAAUGUACGACUCUGAUGUUUCUGUUCUGGCGUUUCCUGCACAAAGAAGUGGUGGAGUGGAUGAUGGCCUCAAGAGCCUUUUCAGCUGCACCUCCAACAGCAGCCUACAGCUCUGUCUCUCAGACCUCAAUGACCUGGACCACAUUAUGGAGAUUCUGGUGCGCUCCUGAAAUUCUUGCCCAACAGGGUCAUCUUUCAGGCAGCCAUCCCAAUGUUUUCUGUGAGGAAUUAAUUAUACAAUGUGUUUUCUUUUUAAACAAUCGUUUUAUCUAUUUUUAUACAAAGGACUGAUAUAUUUAUAUAAAAAGGAAACUGCCUGACACACGCUCACUGUAGGAUAAAUGCAAAUUUUUAAGACUUUUCAGAUGGUCAAGCUUAUGCUGCCGUCAUUCAUAUUUAAGCAAACUAAGAUAUGAAUAUGCAGGGACUUCAGAAACAAAGUAUUACUAUUGAGACUUAUUUAUAUUGGAAAGAGACUCCAAAAUUGUAUUAAAAAGGAGAUUGAAUCGUGAUUGGCGCUUUGUAUCUUUUGAUCAGAUAAAGGACAUACAUUUUUUGUGAACUGAUCUCCACUGUAUUCUGAAGAAUUACAUUUAUUGUCAGUAAUUAUGAUUAUCUGAUUAUGUCAUGCACAUGCAGCAAUCGCACUACCUCUCAAGAUACCAAUAGCUUUUUUCUCUAUACAAAGAUGGUCGUUAUUACAGUUGUUUUAAUUUAAUGGUUUCUCUCCAGUGACUUUCAAAAACUGGUAAUUGGUUUAUAUACAAUGACUCUGUUCAUUGGAGAGCAUCUUCUCGAAUGGUGGGAUUCAGUCCAAUGCUAUAGCUGUAGAAGAUGUGAAUGGCAAAAAUGUCUAUCUUUCUAUUUAGAACUUUUCUGGCAUUUUUCUUUUCAAAUGUUUCUGAAUAUUUUUCUUUCAGAAAGAAUGAGCUAUAUGGCUUGCAACAAAAGUGAUAUAGCUAUAUUUUGUAAUCACUUUCUACUUUUAAUGUACAUGAUUGUCAGACAGCCACCAUCAAAUUCCUCAGAUGAACUUAGUGCCUACAAAGGAGAAUGAAGACUGUCCACGAUAAACUGCACAAUGUGGACCCGCAUACUUUCUGUGUAGAUUGUUUGCAACUUUUUGAGUGUUUGGCAUGAUCCUCUGUCCUCUAAAGAAGCCAUUACCCAAAUGUGGGUCCACAUCUCCUCCCUAAUGUCCAUUUAUAAUUGGGAUCUACACUGCAAAAAGUUGAUCAUGGAUGUCUGUGACUGCCUCUUGUUCUGUGGUCUUAAAGACCCAUUUCUGAAUGUCCAAUCGUAAACCCUUAGCAUUGGUAUUUAAGCCAAAUUGAUGUCUCAUCUACUUUCCCUUAAGUUAUUAGUUAUAUGCAAAAUGGAAUUUGUAGACCAUAUGAGCUGUAUGUCUAAUAUAUAUUUUUAAACAUUCAUUGAACAUCAAGACUGAGACUAAGUGGCUGCAGAAAAUCAAAUAAGUGCAGAGAGAGUUCUGAGCCACAAGCUGCAGUCUGCAUUAAGACCAGGCAGGGACAGGGGGAAGGGAAGAACGAGAGAGAGAUAAAAGGAGGGGGAGUUAAAGCGAAGUGCUCCUGUCACGUGUAGAUCCUUGCUAGUGGUAAAGGCUACGAUUGAGAGUUUGACAACAGCUGGUAUGUGUAUGGGUGUGCUGGGAGCAGGCUGCACCUCCAGUGAGGCCCCAAGAGGCCCCAUUCUCCUCUUAACCAAUCACUUUUAGUUAAGGGAGGAGCUUUGUUCCAUGUCUGGUUUGUGUGGAAUAGAAUAAUAAAAUGAAGCAGCUCAAAUUUGUCUUUUCACUCAAGGCGGAAUGUCUUCCCUGCGAUCUUAUACUUAAGGUCAAAAUUAACCAUUAAAUCAUGGUCUGAAUUUGAGUUAAAUUUAGACAUUCCAAAUAAAUUUAAUUAUAUAUUGUAAAGCUGUGCAUCGUUACAUUUUAAAUGUUGUGCUUCCUGCACUUUCUGAAGUUGUCGGUAUAAACUGACUUUCCUUUACUCUUUAAACUAGAGAACAAAUGUUCCACCCUGCCUUUCCCUCACAAGACAUGCAUAGCCACAGAUAAAACAAGACACUCACAAAGUUUACGGUCCGAUUUUAGAAAACAUGCUUGUGCAUGAGAAAGAUGGCAGUCAAAGAAAAGUAAACCAGAGGGACUCUUUGGUGACAUUGUCGGCAUCAGCAGUGAUCUGUGUUUAGAGUGUGUAGCUUUGUAAGCUUGAUCAGUUUGUUUUUCUUUUGUGUGUGCGUGUGUAUUUGUAUUUAUACAUUUUCUUGUGUUUUAAUGUUUAUUCUUGACUGGAGAUGGUGAUAAUAUAUUGCUUUUAUUUAAGAGUGAAAUAUGAUCAGUAGACUUUGGUUUAUUUGUUUUGAAGUGUGAUUUGUACUUCUCUUAGUAAUAAUUAACAAAAAGGUGUAAAUAGAUGAUGCAGAAUAAUCAAGAGACUUUUAUCAUUGAAAUCAUUUGUAAAGGAUUCAAUUUGUGCUGACAAUGUAACUAAAUGACAAUGUGAUCCUCUUUACAGUGUGUUCAUUUCCCUUGGACCAGGUAGUUAAUUUGGCAGCUUUUAUCAUGUUUCUUUUUAUUUAUUUUUUUAUGCUUAUGUGGUUAACGUCAUUUAAGAGAACUUUCAGUUGUUGGCCUUUAUUUAUAUGGCCAUUUAAAUUAAAUGAAUGGUCUCAUUUCAGUCUUGUCCUGCUUCAAAUUCAAACUCUUAAAGGACACUAUGAUUAUCAGAAGAGUUAUUUCACUAUAAUAACAAGGUUCAUGUUAAAGGAAUAUUUCACCGCAAAAUGAAAAUGUUCUCAUAAUUUACUCUCCCUCAUGCUAUCUAAGAUGUGUAUGACUUUCUUCUGCUGACCAAAAAAAGAUUUUAAGAAAAAUAUCUCUGCUCUGUAGGUCCAUAUAAAUGAAGUGAAUUGUGGCUAGAACUUUGAAGAUCCAAAAUGCACAAAGGCAGCAUAAAAAUAAUCCAAACGACUCCAGUGGUUAAAUCAAAAGCAAUAUAAUUGAUGUAGGUGAGAAACAUCAACAUUUCAGUCCUUUUUCCACUAUAAAUCUCCGCUUUUACAUUCUUUUGUUUUUGCUGAUUCACAUUAUUUGUGCAUAUCGCCAGCUACUGGGCACUGAUGAUAUUUUAUUGUUAAAAAAAAAAAAAAAGGACUGAAAUAUUGAUCUGUUUCUCAACCACACCUUUCAUAUUGUUUCUCAAGAUAUGGAUUUAACCACUGGAGUCUUGUGGAUUACUUUUAUGCUGCUUUAAUGUGCUUUUUGGACUUUCAAAGUACUGGCCCCCGUUCACUUAUUUUAUAUGGACCUACAGAGCUGAAAUAUUCUUCUAAAAAUCUUUAUAUGUGUUCGGUGGAAGAAAGUCAUACACAUCUGGGAUGGUGAGUAAAUGAUGAGCAAAUUGAAACUAUCCCUUUAAUUAUGGUUUAGUCUGAGCAUAUAUUGCAGAAAUGCACAGAGCUGCUGUGAAAAGUAAUAUGCAUUUUGUUGUAAAUUUUUUUGUCGACUGCUCUCUUAAAUAACAUAAUGGUACAUUUGAUGUACCAGUUGCACAGUGAAUACAAAAGCAAGAGUUUGUAUUAACAUAGCUUGGUUGUUAGGCACAAAUUUAGCACACUUUAAAUAUCACCUCAUCUUGUUGAUUUGGCCAUUACUUUUUUUUUUUAAAUAUCCUAAUGAAAUUGUAAGAUUUUAAAAACUCUGUCCCAAGUGCAAUAUGAAAACAUGAGCAUAAAGCACUGUCUUACCUAAUUGCAAAUAACAAAAUUUAGUUUAGCCCAUGUAACUUUGAAUGAAUACAUGGCUAGAUGCUUUCCUAAUGAUAACAGAUGACUUACAUUUUCUUCCUUUUGAAACUGUCCUUAAUCUGUUGCUUAAUUUAUUAUGACCACAGUUUUUGUGAGGUCUGUCUGUAAAUAAAGCAUUUUCUUUUGCAGUCAUAUUCUAUGCAAAACAUUGUAGCAGGUCAGUAUGUCAAAUAAAAUAAUGGAAA